UUUUUCUCUCUCGAGCAUGGGCAGUGACUUGGACACCUUCCCUCUCUCACCGCCUUAACCUCAUGAACUUUAUUUUCCAUAACCACUAUGAAUAUCGAGGUCGCUUCUGUGUACGCGUAUGCUGGUGAGCGCCAGCUCACAUACACGCCACUUGACGCCAUUAGCACAGCCGUCGAGUCCAUGAAGGCGAGCUUUAGCCAAGGUGCCAUGCGUGACAUGUCGUUCCGCAAACAGCAGCUGCAAUCGCUUCUCCAAGGCAUUCGCGGGCACCGGCACCAGCUGGCCGCUGCAGUUGCUGCAGACUUCAGCAAGCCGCCGACCGAGAGCGAGUUCUAUGAGAUCGCACCGGUCAUAUUCGAGAUCGGCCAGUUCCUCAAAGACAUAGACAAAUGGGCCCGGCCCGACAAGUACAGGCUUGGCAGCGAGCAGCCGGUGUUCCUGAUGAGCUCUAUGGAGGUGCGCAAGGAGCCGCUAGGCACUGUGCUUAUUAUUAGUCCGUGGAACUACCCGCUGCGGCUCAUCCUGCUGCCGCUUAUUGGCGCAUUGGCGGCAGGAAAUACCGUGGUACUGAAGCCGUCGGAGCUGGCGCCAUGUACGGCAGUGGCAGUAGAGGACCUUGUUGCACAGUUUUUGGAUCCGAAUGUGGUGUGUGUAGUGCAGGGUGCGGCGGCAGAGACCACUGAGCUGCUGAGGCACAGAUUCGACCACUUCUUCUUCACCGGCAGCGGCACAGUCGGCAGGCUUGUCGGCAAGGCCGCCAUGGAGCAUCUGGCGGGCGUGACACUGGAGUUGGGCGGCAAAUCGCCUGCCAUCGUCCACCACGAUGUGGCGGAUCUGGGGCCCGCUGCAAUGCGCAUUAUGUGGUCGAAGCUGACUACAGCCGGCCAGACGUGCGUGGCCACUGACUAUGUGAUGGUGCACCGGGUGGUCAAGGAUCGGUUCGUCCAGCUGUGCAAAAACUUUAUUGAGAACGCCUACACCCGAACCCCGCACAAGUCGCCCGACUAUGCACGCAUCAUCAACCGCCGCCAUUGGCAGCGCAUCAUGGAUUUGCUCAGUGCCACUACUGGAACAGUUCUGCAGGUCUGCGACGAUAGGCCGGAUCAGAGCGACCGCUAUAUCCCACCAACAUUGGUCGAUAACGUCGCAUUCGACGACCCGCUGAUGGUGGACGAGCUGUUUGCGCCUGUCCUGCCCAUCAUCACCUACGACUCGCUCGACGAAGUCCUGCAGUUUGUUAAUUCGCGCGACCAGCCCUUGGCGCUCUACGCAUUCGGCAGCUCCAAGACAACCGAGUUCAUUUUCACAAACACCCGGUCCGGCACCGCUGUUGCCAACGAAACCAUGUUUGUCUCGGCAGCGAGCAAUUUCCCGUUUGGCGGCGUCGGCGCCUCAGGAAUCGGAAGAUAUAUGGGCAAGGCUUCAUUCGAUACGUUUUCGAAUCACCGCACAGUGCUGCAGGCGCCACUGGCGCUGCCGCCGCCUGCAAUAGAUUCGGUGCGCAGCCCCCCGUUUACAGGGCCUGAGAACGAGUGGAAGCAGGAUGCCGCUGGCGUGGCGUUUCCACAAAACUACUGGCUGCGGACAACGGUGCUGGGCAGAAUGUUCACAUUUGUGCCGCUAUGGCGCUUGAUAGAUUCAGUCAGCACUUUAGCAAGCAGCUUGAAGUAUGGCCGUGAUAUGACUAAAGACAACACCGACAACGUGUGAGCCUCUGUCAAAGAUACUCAUUGCUUACUAUAUACACAGAGAAAUGGUUUGAGGAUAAUUUAUUGAGAAACAAGCCCACUCGUUCAACACACACUGGGCAUCUGAAUCGCUUUGAGUAUUCUAUUGCCUCAAGUGACCCACAGUGACACCGCGGAAUGUCCAUAAAGAGGACGCCCCACCACUGGUAGGUGAAUAGCUGCUUUAAUGAGGAGGCCCACUGGAGUGAGCCAUGUAGUCCCGUGGCAGGACUUGAUGUUAGGCGACCUACCGUCAUCCGUUAGGUGGCUCCCAGCUUCUAAACUGGCAAGUUGUUCCACCCAACUCCAGUGUCAUUCCUAGCGAGUUCGAAGACAGACCAGAUUGCUUGCCCUUUUAUAUGGCUCCAGAAGGUGUCUUCUGUCCGGAGGCUGGUGUAUUUUUCCUCUCUU